AUGGCUUGUCGUCAGGAGCCUCGACCACUAUUGUUCAUCGUUCGAGAUGCACAAUCUUUUAACCGGGGUACUUACAAAAAGGCGUCGGCAGAAGCAAAGGCGAUCACCUCCCAUGUGUCCCGGCGGUAUCGAGGUUGGCGAAAAACGCAUCGCCAGAAUCUCCUGCUUGACCAUACGACAAAUGCCAUUCUCACUUCGGUUCUGCCAAGCGAGGCCACUCGCUCUGCAAACAAUGUCACCCAAGCCAUCGAGGAAACCGACAACCAAGUACUCUCCGAGUAUCGACAGCAACUGUUGGAAAGUAGUAGUCGCUGGGUUUACGGUCCCUUCGAGUCGCAUUGCCUGCAGGCAGACAGGCCAGAGAAGCUGAUUCUGAUCGACGGCAGCAUCGUCCCCCAGAUCUUGAGAUUCGGUAGCCAAACUCUGGAUCCGUUUGUGCCCGACAGCUUCAAGUAUGACCGUGAAAUACAGGCAGACCUCUUCUUCUACAUCAAGAUCCUUCGACCAUUUGCAGUCCAUCUGAUAAAAGGAUGGUCCUGGAUUGAUAACUUGUCUCAGAUCCAAUCUUCUCCGGUGCUGGCCUACGCCGUAGCAGCUUAUGCUUCCGUAUUUUUGGCCGGGUCACUGCGCGGAGGUCCCGGUGUGGUACUGCCUCCGCCGGUCGAGAAGGGCCAGCAACCUCUGUGGGAGAUUCCGUCAUGGCUACGCCUGCAGACGUAUUGUCUGGCAGAACUGAAUGCGAUUCUGAGUGAUCUGUCAUCCCGAAAGUUGGACGAGUCGUGCUAUCAAGCGAUCUUCUUCCUGCUCAGGCUUUCGAUCCUGCUUUCCGAUGGGGAGACAGGCAGAAUGCAUCUCAAAGCUCUACGGAGAAUUUCCGGAUUGAUCGGUGUCGAGGAUGUCGACUUGGACAAGGAGAUGGCCGUUGGCAAGAUCAACAUCAUAAGUGCUUUCCUCCACAGUUCGUCAGUUGUGCUUGUCAGGGGCCGACGACAGGGCGCCCGGGGCUCUGGCCACGUUCGGGAAGUUGUUGAACUGGAUCGAAAGCUGUGGACUUGUGAUCGAGAAUGGUACACCUUCUGUGCUGCCGUCGGCGCACGAAGACUCAUCUGGCGCGCCGAAAGCCCGAGUGCAAAAUUGCUCCCAGAGACAGCACCUGCUAUUGCCAGAAUGGACCCCAAUAGCCACUUCCUGCAACAGGGCGAAUUUGUCGAACUACAACGAUGUUACCAGAUUGCACUCUUCCUAUCCGUCUACCUCAACAACAUCAGCUUCAACACCUCCGCAGCACGUGUUCGCUCACAGGCCCUGGACCUUCAGUCAAGGCUCUCCAAAAUGGACAUGUUCGCAAUCACUAAACUGUGUCACUGCACGGUGUUCAACCUACUUAUGGUAGGUGCUAUGGCUAUGAGGGGGUUCUUGGAAAGGAACUGGUUUGUUCACCUUAUAGCGACCCAAUAUACGGAAGUGCUACAUAUCGACCAUGUCUACCGACUCCUGGCCGAGUUUAUCGACCCUCUGCACAUUGUAUACAACGCCGUCGAAGAUACGUGGGAAGAUGUGAUCAAUUUCAGAUCAAUCAUGUCGAUCAAGACGAUGCCACAAGGCUCAUCCACAGGGCAUAAUCUGGGUGGAAUCGAGAACUUCAGGCCGAUGAACUAUUCUCCCGAUCUGUCGUUACCAAUCAACGUCGUCGAGAUGGAAGAUUUGGACAGUAGCUUCGAACAGGGUAUGAUUUAG